UUGGAUUAUACUGCUUGUACAAAAUGUAAUAGAUGCAGAACUCUCCAUGUGAGGGGUGUAUGUACAACCAAUACACAUAGCAUCGCCUUUAAUAGUUUCAUUUGCCAUUUCUCCUCAAUAUAGACAGGAUUCCAUUUCACAAACAGAAACACAACACAAUUCUCUCAUGGCUGUUUUGGAGGUCUGUGUUAAGGCUGCAGCUGGCGCACCUGAAAUUCUUGGCGACUGUCCAUUCUGUCAAAGGGUGCUACUGACUCUGGAGGAAAAGAAAAUCCCUUAUAAGACGCAUCUUAUAAACUUCAGUGACAAGCCCCAAUGGUUCUUGGAAGUGAAUCCAGAAGGGAAGGUGCCAAUGCUAAAAUUUGAUGAGAAAUGGAUUACAGACUCCGAUGUGAUUGUGGGUAUUAUUGAAGAGAAAUACCCCAACCCUUCUCUCUCCCCUCCUCCUGAAAUCUCCUCUGUGGGCUCCAAGAUAUUCCCUUCAUUUGUCAAGUUCUUGAAGAGCAAGGAUCCCAGUGAUGGAUCAGAGCAGGCUCUGCUCAACGAACUGAAGGCACUGGAUGAGCAUCUCAAAGCUAAGGGACCUUAUGUUGCUGGAGAGAAUAUUUGUGCUGUUGAUCUGAGUUUGGCUCCAAAGCUUUACCAUCUUGAGGUGGCUCUUGGUCAUUUCAAGGGGUGGACUGUCCCUGAAAGCUUGAGUUACUUUCAUGACUAUGUGAAGUUGCUCUUUUCUCGGGAGUCUUUCCAGAAAACAAAAGCGGCAAAGGAACAUGUGAUUGCAGGAUGGGAGCCGAAAGUUAAUGCUUGAACUUGUUCUCUGAUGUAGUGUAACCGUUCUGAGUUUCUACUCUGUCUUGUGGCGUCUGUUAUGAAUGUUUCACAAUAUCUAAGCCUGUUGAUGCAUGCUCGUAAGUCGACUUUAGUUGCUUAGAAUGACUUAAAUAAAUGUAGGCUGUUUGUCUUAGUCGCUUGAUGGCUGAUUUACGAUUUGUGCAAUGAAUGGGUUGAAAGUCGAAUGUAGUUUCUGAAUGCUGCUGGGUGGA